AUUUAUUUUCCUAAAACUUCUUCAUAGUCUUUCGAAGAUUAUCAAUAGACACCAUCCCACAUAACAUAGUUAAAAACAAAUACUUUUAACCAUGAUUUGUUGACACAUUGGCCCACUAGCUUAAAGAUGUCUAUUUCAUCCUUUAUUUAUAUUAUAGAGUGGACCUUAUUGUACUCUUCAAUGGCUAUGCAGCUUUAAUUCAAACUCAACCUCCCUAGUGGAAACGGUAAUAUAUUUGAUCAUUAUCCUACUUAUACUCAGGGGACCACUCUUUCUCUAAAUUUCUUGGACCUGUUACCUAUGUAGUAUGCUCCUUCAUUCUCUAGUGUGUUCCAGCUUCCAGCCAAAACAGAAAAAACAAAAAAACUCACUGUAGAGUGUCAAGUCCAGGCAUACUUUGGUAAAAGAUUUAAUUUUUAAUUUUUCCUAGAAAAGAGAGAGAGAGGGAAAGAAACAACAAUACCCACCAAGCUAACUAACCAACCAUAGAAGUGAAAAUGUCCAACUCAGUAUACCUUAUCUUCUCCAUUGUUCUCAUCUCCGCCGUUUCGACCCUUCCUCCUAUUUUUGCCACAGAUCAUAUUGUUGGAGCUAAUAAGGGUUGGAAUCCUGGUCUAAACUACACUCUUUGGGCCAAAAACCAUACAUUUUAUGUUGGUGACUUUAUCUCAUUUAGGUAUCAAAAGAACCAGUACAAUGUGUUUGAGGUGAACAAAACUGGAUAUGACAACUGCACAAUUGAAGGUGCAGUGGGGAACUGGAGCAGUGGCAAAGACUUCAUACUCCUCAAAGAGGCCAAAAGAUACUACUUCAUUUGUGGAAAUGGACAGUGCUUCAGUGGCAUGAAGGUAUCUGUGGUUGUCCACCAUUUGCCACCACCUCCAUCUUCUUCUCCCAUGCACUUAUCCCAGAACUCCACAGCUGCAGAAAUUCCAAGACCUGGAUUCCGGGCUUUGGCAGUGUCGUUGGCAUUGAUCUGGUUUGGUUCUUGGGGUUUUUAGUGAUUUGUUGUAGCUUCAAGCUUUAAAUCAGGGAAGUUGUAUAAUUGAAUCAUUUCAUUGUUGGGGUUCUUCUGUUUUUGUGUGUGCCAAACUCUUAGGAGGCAGUCCUUUUUCAAAGUGAUUUUUUUUUCCUUCUCUCCCCUACUUCUGUGAGGUUAGUUCUCAUUUUUUUGCCUUGGCUGCAUUUCUUUUCUUAAUGGCAAAGUCCACAUUUAUGGCAAGGUUUAGUUUGGUAUUUAUUGGAUUUUGGAUUUAAUGUACCAUUUUUAGAUUAUUAUAGAGGUUUAUGUUAUCUUCUAA